UGCCGUAAGGUGAGGUACACGCAUCCGGUUGCCGGGUAGACAGUGCGCGUGACAGUGCGCAGAGAUUAGUAAAGCCAGGGCUGGUGCUUAGAGUCUCCGGAGUCGCGCGCCGAGAAUGAAAUUCAUUCCUCGUCUGACACAGUACGACAGUGGCAGUAGAGGCAGCGACAGCGACGUCAGUAGUAACAGUAGUAGUCACGGUAUAUCGUUUCUUCGGUGCGGCGCCGUCAGUGACAGCAAAACGAGCAGGACGCAUAAACGACAGGACCAACGGAUACUAUAAUAAACGCUUUUUUUUGGUCGAACACACGUACGUGGCUCCAGACAGACGACUCUCGCGAGUUCACACAUCACACACACACACACACACGCAUACGCACGUGCGCGCGCGAGCGCGUACGCGCGCCGGGCCACGCAGCUCUAGCGUUCGCGACAGUGUUCGCCGGUUCGCGUUUCGGAUCGUUGCGAAGAGUAACGGGGACAGAGGCGCGGAUAGGGCGAGAAAAGGAUAGAAUACCGACGACAGUUCGUUACGCGCGAUCUCGGAGUGCUUCUCUCGAUCGGGUCCGAAUAAUUUUGGAGUGAAGUGAGCUAACACGGUGUGUUAAGCAACGAAAAUUGAAGAUCAAACCGUCGGUGGAGUGUGCACGGUUGUGUUGAUCACCGAUCGAGAUUAAACCCUUACAAAUGGUACAGAUGGAAACGAAAAUGCUGAUGCCUUCCGUGCCUGCCGCGAUGGCGAAGCUCCACCAGCGUAACGAAUUCGUAAAAUUUCGUAAUGUAAACAAGACGCCGAUGGAUAAUAUAUUCGAAUAUAUCGCGAAUAUAUCGCAAAUCAGCCCGAAGAUAAAGGAGCGGGAGGACAUGCUAGAUUAUGUGCCGCAGUUCACACAGAGGUUCCAGCGAGUCACGUACCCUUUUGCGAAAAAAGAUCCUUGGAACAAUGCUACAACGAUCGCAAAUGAGGAAAAGAAGGUGAAAAGCAUAUUCCAAUGGCCGGUGCAAGAGCCGCAGGUGGUGCAAGAGCCGAAGCCGAAGUCAAAGCCAGAGCCGGAGUCGGAACCGAAACCUGAGCUAAAAUCGAAUUCGGAAUCGGAAGCAGAACUGAAGUCGAAAUCGGAGAUAGAGACGGAGACGAAGCCGGAGCCUCAUGUAAAGUACUAUUCAAAGCAGGAGCUAGAAGAUUUAGAUGUGCAGGAAUGGCAGCAGUUGCUGCGACAGGCAUCGAACCCAGAAUGGGAAGAAGAACUAAGAAAAUUACUAAGAGAAUGGGCGAGUUAUCCAGAUCAUGAAACUAUGACAACGCGUGAGUGGUUUAUCCGGUUAUUCGGGACAGAAACUGCGGAAGAUUUGAUGAUCCAGCUCAAAGUGAAUGAGCCGGUGACAAAAAGUGAGGUAAGAAAACUCAACAGACUCACGAAAGAUAACUCUGUUUAUCCAUAUUUUAUAACGGAUGAAAAUUCUAAUCGCAUGCUGUCCGAAACCGUCAAAUAUGAGAAUGUCAGUCCUAGGAAUCAAAACAAGAAUGUCCAACAAUGUCAACCUAAAACGCAGAUAGCCAACAGGAGCCUUCUAAGAUGUCAACAAAAUGUCAAUAAUACGAAUUCAGCCGCAAUGAAUAUUCCCCAUCAAGUUCCGUCAACUUCCGCCAACUUAAGUCAAUCUUCGUCAACUUCCGGUCAACUUUCGUCAACUUCUGGUCAAUUUUCUUCCACCAGAAUCCUUCGAUCUUCUGGUCAACCUGUGUUAACUUCCCAUCUAAAUUGUCAAGAAAACGUUGUCACAUCGUAUAACCAACAAGUUAACCGUCAAGAAGAAAAUCAAGAUGACGUAGAAAUGAUGCAAGAGUUAAACUUACACAAACAGGCAACUCUGAUCGGUGAUACAAACGAGGAGCCGACCUUCCGGCAUCAGAUGAACGUAUCCGAGUAUAUCAAUAUAGGAUUGACAGGAAGCUCACCUUCAUUGAACAAUGAAGAGCAGUUUUCUACUAGCCAGAGCCAGCGGGCCAUAGCCAGCGGCAGACGGCGUCGGAGGAAAACCGAGGAGAAUCAACGACAAAACGAUAUCAAGAACACCCUCAUCGAUCAUUGCUAUCACCUGAAUGAGCCCGAAGGCGCGAGACGGUUGGAAAUGAAGUCUGAUGAGGAAGAGAUCGACGUCGGAGAAGAGUCGGUCGAGUACCAGGCGACAUGUUUCAACUCCGCGCGGACCCAGCACGGUAAAGCUGUAGUUACGAAAACAAAUGACACCUACAUUUGCCGCCGACCUCGUGGUAGACCACCAGGCCGGAAUUACGGAAAACGAAAGAGAGACGCAGAGGAUGAUCAAGUUAACAGACCUGCUCCGAAACGUAGCCGCGUUAAGAGUAAUCGAACAGUCAGACAUCGGAAUAACAUUCAGCAGAACCAAAAUGAAUCCGAGGAUGAAACCGAGGAAUCCAAGAGACGUAACCACAACUGUCUAGAGCGGCAACGGCGGGCUGACCUGAGGAAGGUUUACGACGAUUUAAGAAAAAAUAUUCCGGCAGUUGCGAGCAAUCCGAAGGCGGCGAAGGUGGACAUUCUGAAGUACGGGAGGGCACAUGUUAUAGAACUCAUAAGGCUACAGAAGGCUUAUAAAAGAGAAUCAGAUAAGUCUGAACGGUUAAAACAGAAACGUAUGGUACUCUAUAACAUGAAAAUAGAACUUGAGCGAAAAAGAAAAAAACUUCAAAUCACGAUGCAUUAAAUUCCUCACGACGCGAUAUUAGAAAUAUAUUAAAUAGAAUCCAGAAUUUUCCGGCAGGUCUUAAAAUCGUAAAGCGGUAUGUAAAAAGGAGGGGACUGUACUUUAUUGUGCGGAUCAUACAUAUUUUUCAUUACGAUGACAAAAUCGUAUUGCCGACAACGAAGCACGCAAAGUGACGCGUUAAUACAAAAAUUGAUACAAUUAUCGACAAAAAAAGAUUAGUUGCUGUCAGGAUAACGAUAAUAAAACAUAAGUCACAGGAAAGUCGAAAGCUCGUUUGCUUGAUAAAAAAAAAUAUACUCUCCUGGCCCGUUCCGACUGGCUUGAUCGAAGAUAUUCUUUUCGAUAUCUUAUAUUUAACAUCGCGCUUGUUCAGCGAUUCGCUUUCCGCCUUUUGUCGACUCUCUCGCGCGACCUGUUGCACGUCGACGAGUCAUCAGCGAACGUAUUUUAAUUUUCGUUGCACAGAUAAAGCGGAUCGCUCGAGCAGUCGGAGGAGGCCUUAUCACGAUAUUGCCCAACAACCUGACUACCGGUUCCCAACCGGUUCGUCGGUCUUAGGGCGCGCUUCAGACGCGGACCGGUUCUAACUGCUCUUUGCAUGCAUUUUAUACAUAUAUAGGAGAGUUAAAAAAAAGGAGAAAAGUGAGAAACGUGCGGGCUUCGAUUGUCGGCAGUCACCGCUUCUUUUCCAAAACUUGAAUAAGCAAAAAAAAGUCGUGUUCGUAUGGUCGAGACUGCUCGCGAAUUGCUCUUCACUCUCGAUCAUUCGAUCACGUGAGACCUCGGGCGUAUUUGUUUCACGAGAUAUUUAUACAAUUGUCCGAUUAUCCCCGAUUGUACGAUCCGUGAAUCUAUAACUUAGCAAAAAUGUUGGCACGAUUUGUUGAAAAUUCAAUUCGAAAUUAAUGAGUCGUCAGCAAGGAUACAAGAAGUAUUUUCUUCAGCAAUGGAGAUAAAUUUCUCCAGGCAGAAGACAGACUUCUCUACCAUUCAAAGUUUGGAUCUCAGGUAUCUAUCGCAUUCUAAGUAGCGUUCUUUAUCUGAGCCUACUCUACGGAUAUAACGUCCGAUUUAAGAGCGCGAGCUGAUAUUUUUUUAAAUCGCUUUCUUGCACGCGAUUCAAUUCCCGCGGGAAGAGACGGUCUCCUGAGCGACAGUCGCGACCCCGAAAACACGUCUCCCCGUUCAAAUUUCUUUUAGCAAUUUAUGCUAAACAUUAUGUGGCCGGGCUUUCAGGCACAGCCUAGUUAGUUAGAUGCAGCACAUAGAGGCGCGAGAUAAUGAGUCAGCCAAGCAGCUAGAAAUAGUUCUAUGCGCGUAUUGAGUAUUCAUGUGUGGCAUAUUCACUUUGCUUCGUUAUCAUUCUCUCGAUAUAAUUGGAAAAAAUGGCUAAAUAUCGAAUAAUGGUAACAAUUAAAGAAACGAUAAAAGAAAAACUAAUUCUUUUAUUGUCAUCUAUUUGCUCAGCAAAAUGAGAUACAAACAGCUCGCUCUGCGUCUAAAGUGACGGGUGAACAGGCCACUUAGGAUAAUUGUAAUUUUCAUUAGAACACUUAUUCUGAUUAGAAAUAAGUGUUUAUCAUAUUUUUUGUGUAUCGUUUUUGCACCUUAUAGUGUCAUCGACUGAAUCGAGUCAUCUUCUUGAUCAGAGACUCUUUCGCCUACAUGUUUCGUGCCUAUUUUUCAGUUUUGCACCCGAAAUUCAGUUUCCUCUUUCACCAUAUUAUACCUCAUAACGGGACUCGACUGCACAGUUAACAUCGCGUUUUCUAUUGGGUGCAAUAAAAUGAAUAAGAUUUGUCGUAAAAUAUUGUUGGGUUUUUUAUCUGUUUUAUUUUUUCGGUGAGAAACAGGCGUAACGUGGGAUCGAUAGACCUUUUUUUUUUAUAACACGGCUCGAUCUCACAUAGAAAUUUUAUUUAAAUAACGCCUGUAGAUAUCUCUGGCACGUUUUUAAUUAAUUAAUCAUUUCAUUUAGUAGAAAUAGGAUAUUAGAUACUUUCCGUAUCUCACGGAAAUAAGAAAUUGUUUUUUUAUCACAUAAGUUUUCAUAUGCACGUAUACAUAUAGAUUUCCAUACAUUUAGGCAUACACGGAUUCAAUAUAUUUGUAUACAUAUAUAUUACAGAUAUAUUCGCAGAAAAAAUAACAAUGAGUACCGAUGCUCUAACGGCGAGUGAAUAUACAUAUAUAACAGUUAUUAAUAUUAUUAUCAUUAUUAUAUUGUAAUAUUUACUCUUGUAGAGUAUCAUUGUUAUCGGCUUUAGUUUACUGUAGCAUCGCGCGCCGCGGUUAUACAUACUUCUUAAAUCAAGAUGGCUAUAAUGCACGAUGUUAGCCUUUGCACGAUUUAUACAAAAGAGAAAAGAUGCUAUAAAGAUAUAAAGCAACGAUUAUGAUACACAUACCACGUACCCAUGCCGCACACACAACACACACACACACAUGUACACAACAGCGUAUGCCAUACAUAAUCAUGCAGGUGAAUACGUACAUAUAUAUGAUUAUACUAAUAUAUUAAUACUUCCCAUAAAUACGUAGCCCACACGCAAAUGUAAUAUGCAUAAUUGUGUAUGUUGUACAAACGAUUGACAUGCGAGUGAUCAAUUGAAGACGCGAGUCGAGGGAAGCAUAGUGUCUUCGAAAGAAGAUUUUUUAUAUUGCUAUACAGAUAUAAGAAAUUAAGAAAAAGAAGAAACAACAUAAUGUGUUCAUUACAUUUAUAGGUAACAGUAUUCGUUUGUAUACAUAUUUUUUACGAUAGAAGGAUGAAGAUGAACGCGAAAGUGAGAACCUUUCGAGAAAAACACAUACCUGCACUUACACACAUACACUAACACACACAUACAUAUACACAAACGCUUUUCAUACUUAACACAUUGUACAACAGUCGCGUCACGUGGACACGUGUAAUAAGCACGCAGCUUCGUUUGCACGUAGUCCAAAUUCAAAUUAUAAAUAGAAUAACAAUGGCGUCAGAAACUCAGCCAAGUUAGAGAAACGGUGAGAUAUAGCGACAUUGCACAGAUAGGGAUAAAGAAAGAAGCGACGAAAGACCUGUGAUAGGUCAGGAAUCGGACAUACUAACAUUUUAAUGACACAUACACACUACCACGCGUGCGUAUACGCGAGACACACAUGACACGCAAACGAAUACAGUUGAACUAAAUAGAAACUAUUAUUAAUUGAACGACACGCGGAUAUUUUAUAAUCACUACCCAAGUUUAAUAUAUAUAUAUAUAUAUAUAUAUAUAUAUAUAUAUAUAUUUAUAUAUAUAUUUAUAUAUAUAUUUAUAAGUAUACACAUACAAAAGUAGUAAUAUACGCAACGUAGUAAUGCAGUUCGGAACACGGGCGACCACACACAGUAGUUUCCCGACGGCGAUCGGAAGGAACAUGUAGAUUGGAUUAUCUAGUACCGCGAGAGAGACUUCUACAGAUAAAAAUAAUUAAAAGAGACACUCUUUUGUACUUUUUAUAGACCAUUUUGUAUUUCGCGUUAACAUCGCGAAUAUUGAAUAUUGAUCACAUUUAUUUAAUUUGGAAAUGUCGUUUAGGACUUCUAAAAGUGCAACCUCGACACUUUAGUGUAUGCCAAAAUGUUUUCAUAUACCAUCAAAUUUGCGUGCAAAAUAGUUACAUAGAAUUAGAGUUGAUUUGCUGCAGUUCAGCCACUUGUACAUAGUAGUUUGACGUUGUAGGUUGAAAGCUGAAAUAAGCUUAUAGUUAAUUAAUUUAAGAUGUACUGGCGUUAUAGCCAAUUUUUUCGAUUUUCAAUAAUCGUUAUUUGCAAAGGUGCGAGAAGUCAAAGGGUUUUGGCGAAAAUAUUUCUCAUUGGGUUUUUUCAAUUGCAGUAUGAAAAUGCAUCUAUUUACACCGAAUCCUGACAUACAAUCUGUACACUUCUAUAUUUUUUUAUACUUCGAACUUCGCUUCAUGUCCUUUAUCUCGUGAAAGACUCGAAGAAUAAUGAAAUUAAUGAUGAAACUUUCCUGUAAAGAAAAAUUAUGCAAAGAUUUUUCUUGUACGGUCAAUAUGACAAAUUAUAAAUGGAAAGUGCUGAUUUUUUUUUUUUUUUUUUUAAUGAAUGACCCCAAGCGCGAGUAUUAUUUUUAACCCAACUUCUCGUAUUUGACUCUUUGCUAUUCAAAAACGGUUCUUCGCUGAUAGCAUUAGACCAUAAGAUCAACUCGGAAAGGAAACUCGACGAUGUACCUCGCAAAAAUUCCGUUCUCGGCGGAGACGGAAGCCUUCUCUCGCUUAAAUAAAUCCUUGCUUCGUCGUAUUUUUUACUUGCACGUGUAUCCGACCUGUGAGUUCUCUCGAUCGUGCCAAAUAAUACCAAUU